UAUCAUUACUGUACGAGCGUACUGAAGGCUUGAACCUCUUUUUCUCAGACAUUUCUCUUUUAUAAAAUUGCUCACACAUAAGGCAGAGUUGUUUUACAAUCUUGCCUGGAUUCUCCCGUAUUACGAAGUACCACACACAAACUGGUCAACUCCAUCAAGAAAUAUGAAUGGCUCCCGGGUCCGCGUCUUGCUGUACAGUGUAGUACUAAUGGGAAUAGCAGUAUCUGCUAAUGAAGGAUCUGGGGCUAACCUUGACACAACCAGAGGAACAUCUGGAACUACAGGUUUAACCAAAGCAGACAAGUCAAUAAAUCAAACCUCAACCAAAGAUUUUCAAUCAGAAUCAACAAUGCCAGCUACACUCUACACCAGCGCAACAUCUGGAACCAACAGCCCAGUAAACACCAAAACACCAUCCAGAGCCUACACCAAGCCUAGUGGCCAACCUCUAACUGUAGCCCAAUGCACUCCUUGCCCCAACUGUCUGUUUGAGAAGAAAAAGUUCACCAUCCUGCUGAUAGUGACAGGUUGCCUGUUGGUCCUGUGUACCAUCCUGCUGGUCUCCACUGUGGUGCUGUUAUGCCAGGUCCACCACCUGAAGCGCCAGCCAUGUAGCAGCACCAUGAGCAGCCACCCCACCCGCAGCAACGUAGACCUGGUGAGUGGUGCUGGGUACCUGGGCACUGGCCAGAGGACCAAGGAGAGGCCUGGCUCUGAGCCCAGUGAGACAAGCCAGAUGAUGGCAGAGCUCAGACAGACGCAGGAGGGGGAGAUGGGCAAGGAAGAGGAGCCAGAGAAGGAAGACAAGGUGCAAGGGAAAGAUGAGACGGCGAAGGACACACCCAAGAAGGAAGAGAAGGAGGCAGCCACGGCUAACGGCACAUCAGGAAGUGCUGAAAAUGGAGCGGCAGAAGCAGCAGGAGCUGCAACCCCCAGCCAGGAGAGCCCAGUCACCACCACCACCACCACCAAGCAGCCUGCAGAGCCCUCUGACCCCGCAGCCACAACAGCCUCUCCUUCCUCCCAGGCCUCCAGUGAUGUGGUUGUGGGGUGAGGGCGCACUCAUGGUGACCUUCUCAGACCGCAUACUGAUUGGUACAGCACAGUUUUAUUCAACAGCUUCUAUUGGCAUGCCCUAAUGAGACUAUCUGCUUUUGCUCUGACAGGUGUUUGCUUAGACAACAAGAGUGAUUUUUCAAUACCACAGUAGCUUUAUACACUAUGCUUGCAUUCUCAUUCGAAACUUGGGAAAUAAUUACUAUUAUGAUAAUGUAAUACAAAUCAAUGUACCAGAAGAAGUUGACUGUAAUGAGAAUGUUUAAUAUUUAAAACAAAAAGUAGUGUUAGUUAAAAUGUAUAGCCAUCCUCAGUGUCACUGAUCAGUGGAAUGACUCCUAUUUUGUCUAGUGGUUAUAUCACAGCUUGCUUGUUGUCACAUUUCCCUCACUUCUCCUUUUUUAGACAUUCUAAAUGCAAUAGAAAUGCUGCUGAUAUUACAAAAGCAGAACCAACCCACCACCAGCACUGACCUGUAGUAUCAGGUCAAGUAAAGAGACUAAAUUUAAAGGAUUUUAAGCAACAAAGCUCUUCCAGAAACACUCUCACAAUGUAUUACUACAAUUCAAUAUCACUUCCUUGGUCUUUUCUCUACAGUAAGGAAGAGUUUCAACAUUUCUACUGUAGCGCCAUCUGUCCUUCUGUCUACAAACCUUUGCAUACAACAAUAAAUAAUUAGGACACCUUG